CAAGAAAAUUGAGGCUGACAAAAGCUUUUUACUUGUGCAGGAAUGCUGACGUGUUUGCCGGGCUAUCGGAUCCCUGAAAUAAGUAUUAGAUUAUCGAGUUUUAAACAAAAUCAAGCAGAACUAAAAAGAAAAUCAUGGAUCAAACAUUGGAAGCUGCCCUGGCUGCAGCCAGCAGGGCCGUGGAUUUUGAUAGAAAUGAUCAGAACAAGCAGGCCGUCUAUUACUACAGCAUUGCCGUUAAACUCCUGAAACUAAAAGACUUGUCUACCGUUCCUGCCUUGGCUGACAAGUGCACUGAGUAUGAGGACAGAAUAACGGAGCUGGAGAAAACUAUUCUCGAAGAGGAGAAUAAGAAGCAUGAGUCUGAGAAACCCAACGAAAGCGAACUGCUCAGGUGCAAGUUUUUACUCACCCAAGCACUGGAUGCGGAUGAGGCAGGCUUUAAGGAUGAGGCUAUCAAGUUGUACACCAAUGCAGCUGAGCUCGGUCUCAAGGCGAAAGCUACAGGCAGCGAGAAGGUGAAGAUCACUAAUCUCGUUCGUCAUGCUCUGGACAGAGCUGAGUCAUUGAAGGGAAUUAAGAAAAACGAGGCUGAAACUGUCUUGCCUGACUUGCCAUCUGUUCCUGAAACAGAUUUGCCUAUAGAUGACGAUGUGUUGACCCAAACUCCAGUAACUUCUGUACCAAAGAGUCCAGCCCCAAUAAAAUCAACGAGACCUCCUUUACAUAGGGGAAGUAGUGCUCAUUUGAAAGUUACCGGGGGAAGUGGAAAUUACACGGAAGAAGAAAAAAGAGUGUUGUUACAUAGUUCACAUAUCAAUGACCAUGAAUUUGUGCCUUUCAUGAAUGUAGACCUAUCGGAGAGGUUCCAGUAUGCGAUUCCGUUUACUGAUAAAGAUGGCUUACUUAAGCUGUCGCCAAAGCAAAAGCCAGACUUUGACAAGUGGUGCCGCCCAGAAGAACUGGUCUCGGAACCAAAAAUGAUCAUGGGACAUGUACCUGAUUACUACAGCAUAAAACAAACAGUAGUUUCAGACUGUUCAUUUGUAGCUUCACUGGCAGUAAGUGCUCAAUACGAAAAAAAGUUUGGCAGAAGACUCAUUACUUCUAUAAUAUAUCCUAAAAAUAAAAACAAAGAACCCAUUUAUAAUCCAUUUGGAAAAUACAUGAUCAAAUUGCACAUAAAUGGGGUUUCGAGGAAGGUCGUUAUAGAUGAUUUGUUGCCUGUUAGUCGACACAAUCAGUUACUGUGCUCUUAUUCAAACAAUCGAGGGGAACUGUGGAUAUCUUUAUUAGAAAAAGCAUACAUGAAAGUAAUGGGGGGUUAUGACUUUCCUGGAUCUAAUAGCAAUAUUGACUUGCAUGCUCUCACGGGGUGGAUACCAGAGAGGUGGGCGAUAAGGCCUAAUGAGCCAGACUUUAACAAAGAUAAUUUAUUUGAUACUCUACUCUUAAGAUUGCAUAAAGGAGAUGUUCUAGUCACUGUGGCAACCGGAGAUCUUUCCGAUGCCGAUGCAGAUCGCACGGGUCUUGUACCUACUCAUGCUUAUGCUGUGCUAGAUGUCAGAAAAAUCAAUGGAGAAAAAUUAUUGCAAUUAAAAAAUCCCUGGUCGCACUUGAGGUGGCGAGGAAAUUAUUCUGAAAUUGACACAAAGCACUGGACUCCUUCUUUGAGACAGACGUUAAAUUACGACCCAGAUUCUGCAUCACAAUUCGAUAAUGGCAUAUUUUGGAUCGAUUUUGAAAGUAUAUGCCACUUUUUUGAUGUUUUUUAUUUAAAUUGGAAUCCUUCACUAUUUAAUUAUACUUAUUGUAUUCAUCAAAUGUGGAAUGCUGGGGUCGGUCCUGUUAAGGAUGCCUAUAAUAUAGGAGAUAAUCCUCAAUUUUCAUUGGAAGUUCCACCUAAUGUUAAAGGUUCAGUUUGGAUAUUGCUGACAAGGCAUAUCACUGACAUUGCCGAUUUUCGACAAAAUCAGGAAUACAUAACUGUUCUCGUGUACAAAAAUGAUGGCAAACGAGUAUAUUAUCCACAUGAUCCACCACCUUACAUAGACGGAGUAAAAAUAAACAGUCCACAUUACUUGUGUAAAAUAAAACUUGGUCAAAAUGAGAAUAGUCGUUUCACUCUCGUAAUUUCGCAGUAUGAAAAAACUAACACGAUUUAUUACACUCUGCGAGCUUAUGGAACUUCGCCUUUUACACUUCGCAAAAUAGCAGAUCCUUAUAAAUUUACAAAAGAGAUAACAGAUGGCCAAUGGAAGGGAAUGAGUGCCGGUGGGUGUAGCAAUCACCCAGAAACUUAUGUAUGUAACCCUAGGUAUCAAUUAGUGCUAGAAAGCCCACAUCAUAAUAACUGGCUGUUAGUAAUUUUAAAAGGUCCCAAACAGUAUCAGAUUGGUUUCGAAGUUUUAACCGUAGUUUUAAAUGAUACAGAAGCUCCAACGUCGUUUAAAACUAAAAAUUCUGGUCCCUUCAGAUCCGGAUUUGUCUACUUGGAGUUGGAAAACGUUCCUUCGGGGACGUAUAACAUAAUUCCAUCGACUUUUAUGCCCGCCCAAGAGGGUCCAUUCUUUUUGACUUGUAAAUCAUCAUGCAGCAUACAACUAACGCGUCUUCAAUGAAGUUCUAAUUUUAAGCUUUUCUUCAACAUUCGGUGCUAUUUUGUCUACAGAGAAACUUUAUCUUCGGCUAUUUUUACAAUUUAAAAUAAUUUCGAGCACAAGUUGUAUGUAAAGUAUUCUUAUUUUUAAUACUUCGUAUGUACUA